AUGAAUCCACAAGAUAGUGGUUAUCUUAGUUGUAGUCCAUGUAAUGAUCAAACUUAUUCUCAUUCAAAUCAUAAACAUAAAAAAAUCUUAACUAAACCUGAAGAAUCCUAUGUAGCUCUUAUUGCUCGUGCAAUAUUAUCAUCACCUAAUUAUCAAAUUUUACUUGUUGAUAUAUAUGAAUGGAUUAUUCAUCAAUAUCCUUAUUUUGCAACAUUACAAAGUAAAGCAUGGCGAAAUUCUAUUCGACAUAAUUUAUCUCUUAAUGAAUGUUUUAUUCGACAAAAAAAAUCAGAAAGUGGUCGUGGUUAUUAUUGGAGUAUUCAUCCGGCUUCACUUGAUGCUUUUCUUAAUGGUGAUUUUCGUCGUAGACAAGCACGUCUUCGAGCUAAACAUGCAAAUACUUCAUCGGUUCAACCAAUACCUUGGAUGAUGAAUACUGAUUUAUCAUAUGAUUAUUCAAUGCAACAAGAACAAACAUAUAAUUAUUGA